AUGGGUAACGGGAUGCUGACACACAAGAAGCCCUCUUGCCUCAUCCAAGAUGGCGGGGAAGAGGGACAGCGUUUGUCCCAUUCAUUACGUAGCCUCCUUCUCACCAAUCGGAUGUCUACAGCAUGUGCUGGCCUCUUUCACGUCGUCUGCCUUUUGCGGCUGCUCUCCACUAUUUUGAAUGUGCCCUUGAGGUAUCCCAUGGAGGAGGCUUCUUCAAAUCCAAAUGAUGCAUUUCGGCCAAGGAUUUUGGAUCCGUUCGUGGGUGAUCAAUUUGAGGGCAGGUUAGUUCGCCUUACGACUCUUCUAGCUCUUUGCAUUCAACGAAACCACGAGGGUGCCUUCCUCCAGAAGAUAAUUGUGGUAAUCAAAUGA